AUGUACAAGCAAGAUGAUAACAUCCAAAUGAGAAGUGAUCCAUUGGAUAGUAUCACAGAAACUAGAGCAAAUUAUCAAGAAGUCUCGGCGAUUCGAACAAGUAUUGUUAAACCGCAAGAUCAGUUUGUUUGGGGAGAAAAUGAAAUCGAUGUCAACACUGUUAAUAGAUCAACAUAUCAAGGUGGUAUUGGGGAUAGAUUUCAAGCUUCUCGACCAAAAGAUCAACUAGAUAAAUCGAGUGACCCUAUCGAAUCAAAUACUAUCAACAGAUCAACAUAUCAAGGUGGUAUUGGUGAUAGAUUUCAAGCUUCUCGACCAAAAGAUCAACUAGAUAAAUCGAGUGACCCUAUCGAAUCAAAUACUAUCAACAGAACAACAUAUCAAGGUGGUAUUGGUGAUAGAUUUCAAGCUUCUCGACCAAAAGAUCAACUAGAUAAAUCGAGUGACCCUAUCGAAUCAAAUACUAUCAACAGAUCAACAUAUCAAGGUGGUAUUGGUGAUAGAUUUCAAGCUUCUCGACCAAAAGAUCAACUAGAUAAAUCGAGUGACCCUAUCGAAUCAAAUACUAUCAACAGAACAACAUAUCAAGGUGGUAUUGGUGAUAGAUUUCAAGCUUCUCGACCAAAAGAUCAACUAGAUAAAUCGAGUGACCCUAUCGAAUCAAAUACUAUCAACAGAACAACAUAUCAAGGUGGUAUUGGUGAUAGGUUCCAAGCUUCUCGACCAAAAGAUCAACUAGAUAAAUCGAGUGACCCUAUCGAAUCAAAUACUAUCAACAGAUCAACAUAUCAAGGUGGUAUUGGUGAUAGGUUCCAAGCUUCUCGACCAAAAGAUCAACUAGAUAAAUCAAGUGACCCUAUCGAAUCAAAUACUAUCAACAGAUCAACAUAUCAAGGUGGUAUUGGUGAUAGGUUCCAAGCUUCUCGACCAAAAGAUCAACUAGAUAAAUCGAGUGACCCUAUCGAAUCAAAUACUAUCAACAGAACAACAUAUCAAGGUGGUAUUGGUGAUAGGUUCCAAGCUUCUCGACCAAAAGAUCAACUAGAUAAAUCGAGUGACCCUAUCGAAUCAAAUACUAUCAACAGAUCAACAUAUCAAGGUGGUAUUGGUGAUAGGUUCCAAGCUUCUCGACCAAAAGAUCAACUAGAUAAAUCAAGUGACCCUAUCGAAUCAAAUACUAUCAACAGAUCAACAUAUCAAGGUGGUAUUGGUGAUAGGUUCCAAGCUUCUCGACCAAAAGAUCAACUAGAUAAAUCGAGUGACCCUAUCGAAUCAAAUACUAUCAACAGAUCAACAUAUCAAGGUGGUAUUGGUGAUAGAUUUCAAGCUUCUCGACCAAAAGAUCAACUAGAUAAAUCAAGUGACCCUAUCGAAUCAAAUACUAUCAACAGAUCAACAUAUCAAGGUGGUAUUGGUGAUAGAUUUCAAGCUGCUCGACCAAAAGAUCAACUAGAUAAAUCAAGUGACCCUAUUGAAUCAAAUACUAUCAACAGAUCAACAUAUCAAGGUGGUAUUGGUGAUAGAUUUCAAGCUGCUCGACCAAAAGAUCAACUAGAUAAAUCAAGUGACCCUAUUGAAUCAAAUACUAUCAACAGAUCAACAUAUCAAGGUGGUAUUGGUGAUAGAUUUCAAGCUUCUCGACCAAAAGAUCAACUAGAUAAAUCGAGUGACCCUAUCGAAUCAAAUACUAUCAACAGAACAACAUAUCAAGGUGGUAUUGGUGAUAGAUUUCAAGCUUCUCGACCAAAAGAUCAACUAGAUAAAUCGAGUGACCCUAUCGAAUCAAAUACUAUCAACAGAACAACAUAUCAAGGUGGUAUUGGUGAUAGAUUUCAAGCUUCUCGACCAAAAGAUCAACUAGAUAAAUCGAGUGACCCUAUCGAAUCAAAUACUAUCAACAGAACAACAUAUCAAGGUGGUAUUGGUGAUAGAUUUCAAGCUUCUCGACCAAAAGAUCAACUAGAUAAAUCGAGUGACCCUAUCGAAUCAAAUACUAUCAACAGAUCAACAUAUCAAGGUGGUAUUGGUGAUAGAUUUCAAGCUGCUCGACCAAAAGAUCAACUAGAUAAAUCAAGUGACCCUAUUGAAUCAAAUACUAUCAACAGAUCAACAUAUCAAGGUGGUAUUGGUGAUAGAUUUCAAGCUGCUCGACCAAAAGAUCAACUAGAUAAAUCGAGUGACCCUAUCGAAUCAAAUACUAUCAACAGAUCAACAUAUCAAGGUGGUAUUGGUGAUAGAUUUCAAGCUUCUCGACCAAAAGAUCAACUAGAUAAAUCAAGUGACCCUAUUGAAUCAAAUACUAUCAACAGAUCAACAUAUCAAGGUGGUAUUGGUGAUAGAUUUCAAGCUUCUCGACCAAAAGAUCAACUAGAUAAAUCAAGUGACCCUAUUGAAUCAAAUACUAUCAACAGAUCAACAUAUCAAGGUGGUAUUGGUGAUAGAUUUCAAGCUUCUCGACCAAAAGAUCAACUAGAUAAAUCGAGUGACCCUAUUGAAUCAAAUACUAUCAACAGAUCAACAUAUCAAGGUGGUAUUGGUGAUAGAUUUCAAGCUUCUCGACCAAAAGAUCAACUAGAUAAAUCGAGUGACCCUAUUGAAUCAAAUACUAUCAACAGAUCAACAUAUCAAGGUGGUAUUGGUGAUAGAUUUCAAGCUGCUCGACCAAAAGAUCAACUAGAUAAAUCGAGUGACCCUAUCGAAUCAAAUACUAUCAACAGAACAACAUAUCAAGGUGGUAUUGGUGAUAGAUUUCAAGCUGCUCGACCAAAAGAUCAAAUCACAACCGGGAAAGUGACGUUUCAAUCUGAUUCAGGGUGAGUUCAUAUUUUCAUAAAAAAAUUAAAAAUUAAUUCCAUUAAAAAUUAAAAAUUUAUAAAAGGAUUCAGAUAAGAGAAUGAGCCGCGCAAAAUAAUAGUAUUGUACGCACUUUUUAUAUUAUUAAAUAGUUUUCACUUAGCUAGAUUUUUGGGCCUAAAUUUUGAUGAGUUAGCCUAACUUUUUUCAAUUUUUGAAGAUUUUUUUUUCAUAAUUUCCAUAUAUUUUUCAAAUUUAAUAGAAUUUUUAAUCAGUUUUUCUCAAUUUUCACGAAAUCUCUCCCAAAAACUCACCAAUCGCUUCUAUUUCCGAAAUCACACAAAAAUAAUCGAAAAUUCGAGAAAUUCAAUCGAAAUCCUUGAUAAAUCCAAAAUCCUCAUAGUUUUUCACGUUAUAGACAUUUACAUCCAAUUGUCCAUCAAUAUUUCAAGCUGAAAAUCGGCAAAUUUGACUUUUUUCAUGUACCAUUGAGUUCUGCUAACUACAUUUCUGUUUCUAUAGAUUUCUUCUGGGUCUCACAACAAUUUUCCAGCUAUUUUUCAAAGGUGCACAGCAAAAUCUUACCCAAACCCAUUUUCCAUCGAUUUUUUCAUAAAAACUCACAAGUUUGCCGGCGGUUUCUUCAAUUUUUGACCUCCCCAAAGAGUUAUCGCUUCAAAUUCCACCAAUAAUCGUUCUCCUCGUAUUCAACAUCAUUUUUGACUCUGAAAACUCAAAAAUUUCAAUCAAAACAGUGCUUCUCUAGAAAAAUCCUACCUUUAUUCGAUAAUCCUCCGAUUUUCCGUUGGAAGCGAUAAUUCCAGCCUUGUUGAACAUCUAAAAAUUCAAUUUUUGACUGAAAUUCACUAAUUUUCCCCGGAAACCUGAAAACCCAGCGAAGAAAAAACGAAAAAUGAAAAUAUUCUCGUGUUGCGCUAAACAGCGGGCAAGCGGAGUGUUGUUGUAGUGUGUUGAGGCAGUGAGGAAAAGAGAGAGAGGGAGAGAAAGAGAGAUAUGCACUUUUUAUAUUAUUUUGAAUAAGAGUAAAAUAUACUUUAGUUUGACCUAGUUGUUUUUGGUUUUGUAUUUAGUUUGGUGUUAAAGUGUAAAUAGUUUUUGCAGAUUAAAAUACAAUGAAUUUCCCAUGACAUUGAGUGCUCCAGUCGAUAAAUGGAUCUAUAACACCGAACAUCGUUCAUCUUUCCGUCCGCAACCUGCAAAUUCCUGUCCAGCCGCAAGAAUCGUAUCAUCCAAAAAGCGCAACACUCCAGUUUACUUAUACUAG